GAAGAGACUCAAGAACUGUAUUGUUAUGUGUAGUAGUUCUUCUGGUGCCUGGUUGGUCAACAAAUGGUUAUCAUUGCUGGAAGUUGCGUGUGUUGCGUGCGUUUCUAUUUUUUAGGUUCUGGAUGAGUUGGGAGGUCUUGUGCAAUCCACCGGUAUAUUAGGUUCAGAGGUGUACUGUUGACAUCCAGAGUAAUUCCACUGCAUCGAUAGGCAAGGCACAAUGGCAUUCCGUGUGCAGUUUGAAAACAACAAUGAAGUUGGAGUGUUUUCGAAGUUAACCAACGCGUAUUGCUUGGUUGCAAUAGGUGGUUCAGAAAAUUUCUAUAGUGCUUUCGAAGCAGAGUUGGCAGAAACUAUACCUGUAAUUCACGCUUCACUUGCUGGAUGCAGAAUAAUUGGCCGUAUGUGCGUGGGCAAUCGUCAUGGGCUGCUAGUCCCUAGUACUACUACUGAUACAGAGCUUCAGCAUAUACGAAAUUCGCUCCCCGAUAGUGUCCACGUGCAAAGAGUUGAGGAAAGAUUAUCGGCCCUAGGAAAUGUUAUCGCUUGCAAUGAUUACGUUGCGUUAGUUCAUCCCGAUUUGGACCGGGAGACAGAAGAAAUUCUGGCAGAUACUUUAAAAGUUGAAGUGUUUAGACAAACUGUAGCAUCAAAUGUGUUAGUAGGAUCCUAUUGUGUUCUUUCAAAUCAAGGUGGUUUAGUUCAUCCAAAAACACCAAUACAGGAUCAAGAUGAGUUGUCAUCAUUACUUCAAGUUCCUCUUGUGGCGGGUACAGUGAAUCGUGGCUCAGAAGUUGUAGCUGCAGGAAUGGUUGUAAAUGACUGGUGUUCGUUUUGUGGGAUGGAUACCACUUCGACAGAGAUUGCUGUUAUUGAAAGUGUCUUUAAGCUUAAUGAAGCUCAACCAUCUGCAGUGGCCACAACAAUGCGUGCAUCCUUGAUAGAAAGGAUGUACGCAGAUCAAUUUUUCCAGGACAUUGAACCUAUUGCAAGA